AUGGGAGUCCCUGCUACCAGACUAUGGUUGCUUCUCUCUUGCUUCUGUCUGUUCAGGGUUGAGCCUGCAGCGGAGUUCAUGCGGGUGCAGCGUCAGGCACCAGCCUUUACAUGGAAAGCUGGUGUAGAGUUGCCACGGGAGCCUGCUCCUGAGUCCAGCCACAGCGACCAGGGGAUGCCCCUUGCAGAAGAUGUCACAACACUGAUGGAAGGCCAGGAGGCUGAACCUCUAGACACAGUGGCCAUGUCUUCAUGGGAAAGGCGACUCCACCGGGUCAAGUGUGCACCAUCGUACUUGUUCUCCUGCUUCAACGGCGGCGAGUGUGUACACCCAGCUUUCUGUGACUGCAGACGCUUCAAUGCCACUGGACCUCGUUGCCAGUUGGUGUAUAACGCCGGCCCUGAGCGGGACAGCAUCUGUCGGUCCUGGGGGCAGUCCCACGUGGAGACGUUUGACGGGCUGUACUACUACCUCUCUGGAAAGGGCAGCUACAUGCUGGUGGGACACCACGAACCUGAGAGUCAGAGCUUUUCCAUCCAGGUACACAAUGACCCACAAUGUGUCUCUGCCCACUACACCUGCCUGAGGUCUGUCAGCCUCUUCCUUUCGGGUGAACAUGAGAUCCGCCUGGCCAAGGAGGUCACCCAUGGAGGUGUAAGGCUCCAGCUGCCGCAGGUGGUGGGGGGAGUGCAGCUGCAGCAGCUGGCUGGUUAUGUCAUCGCGCGGCAUCCACUGGCCUUCACGCUGGCCUGGGAUGGGGCCUCAGCCAUCUACAUCAAGAUGAGCCCAGAGUUUCUGGGCUGGACACAUGGGCUGUGUGGGAACAACAAUGCUGAUCCUCAGGAUGACCUAGUGACCAGCUAUGGGAAGCUGACUGAUGAUGUGGGGGAGUUUGUGCACAGCUGGCAGGAGCAAGCCCCCAGCAGCCCUUCAGGGCCUGUGACUUCUUCCAUGCCUCGACCACCAUGCCUGCAGCAGAGCCCAGCAUCCAUGCAGGGUGUGUAUGAGCGGUGUGAGGCCCUGUUGAGACCUCCAUUCGACGCCUGCCAUCCCUACGUCAGCCCUCUGCCCUUCACAGCCAGCUGUACCAGUGACCUCUGCCAAUCAGGAGGCGAUGAUGCCACUUGGUGCCGAGCACUGAUGGAAUAUGCCCGGGCAUGUGCACAGGCUGGGCGCCCUUUGCAGGGCUGGAGGACCCAACUCCCACAGUGCACUGUGCACUGCACAGAGGAGGCCUUCGUCUACAACGAGUGCAUCGCUUGCUGCCCAGCUUCCUGCCAGUCUCGUGCUUCGUGUGUGGAUAGCGAGAUCGCCUGUGUGGAUGGCUGCUACUGCCCCAACGGGCUGAUCUUUGAGGACACGGGCUGCAUGGCACCAGCUGAGUGUCCCUGCGAGUUCCACGGGACCCUGCACCCACCUGGCUCCGUGGUGACGGAAGACUGCAAUGCCUGUACGUGCACUGCAGGGAAGUGGGUGUGCAGCUCUUCUGUCUGCCCAGCUGAAUGCUCGGUGACCGGUGACAUCCACUUCACGACCUUCGAUGGACGCCGGUAUACAUUCCCUGCCACGUGUCAGUACAUCCUAGCCAAGAGCCGUUCCUCGGGCACCUUUGCAGUGACAUUGCAGAACGCCCCAUGUGGCCUGAACCAGGAUGGAGCCUGUGUCCAGUCGGUGUCAGUGAUCCUGCACCAGGACCCCCGGAGACAGGUGACCCUGACUCAGUCAGGAGAUGUCCUUCUGUUUGACCAGUACAAGAUCACCCCGCCCUACUCAGACGAUGCUUUUGAGAUUCGGAGGCUGUCCUCCGUGUUCCUGAGGGUGAGGACCAACGUGGGCGUGCGGGUCCUCUAUGACCGGGAAGGGUUGCGACUCUACCUGCAAGUGGACCAGCGAUGGGUGGAGGACACUGUGGGCCUCUGUGGCACCUUCAAUGGCAACACACAGGACGACUUCCUGUCUCCAGUGGGGGUGCCUGAGAGCACCCCACAACUGUUUGGCAAUUCUUGGAAAACCCUGUCUGCCUGUGCCCCACUGGUCCCUGGCUCCCUGCUGGACCCCUGUGAUGUGCAUCUGCAAGCUGCCUCCUAUGCACUGCAGUCCUGCAGCGUGCUCACAGGGGAGCUCUUUGCACCCUGCUCUGCGUAUCUGAGCCCGAUACCCUACUUCGAGCAGUGCCGCAGGGAUGCCUGCCGCUGUGGGCAGCCCUGCCUGUGUGCCACGCUGGCCCACUAUGCCCACCUGUGUCAGCGCCAUGGGCUCCUGAUUGACUUCCGUGCCCAUCUGCCAGCCUGUGCACUGUCCUGUGAGCCCACUAAGGAGUACAGCCCGUGUGUGGCCCCGUGUGCACAAACCUGCCAGGACCUGGCAAGCCCUGAUGUCUGUGGGGCUAAUGGUGGUGGAAACUUCAGCAGGGCUGAGUGUGUGGAGGGGUGCACUUGCCCACCAGACACGUACCUGGACAUACAAGCUGACCUCUGUGUCCCCAGGAACCAAUGUUCUUGCCACUUUCAAGGAGUGAACUAUCCCCCUGGGGACAGCAACAUCCCUUCCUUAGGGCACUGCCAUUGCAGAGAUGGAGUCAUGAGCUGUGACAGCCAAGUCCCAGCUGCUGUCUGUCCAGCAGGACAGGUCUUCGUGAACUGCAGUGACCUGCACCCAGACCCUGAGCUCAGCAGGGAGAGGACUUGUGAACAGCAGCUAUUGAACCUGAGCAUGACAGCACACGGGCCCUGCCUGUCCGGCUGUGCCUGUCCCCAGGGCCUGCUCAGACACGGGGAUGCAUGCUUCCUCCCGGAGGAGUGUCCGUGUACCUGGAAGGGGAAGGAGUAUUUCCCUGGGGACCAGGUAGUAUCUUCCUGCCACACUUGUGUAUGCCAGCGGGGUUCGUUCCAGUGCACCCUGCACCCCUGUGCCUCCACCUGCACUGUGUAUGGGGACCGACACUACCGUACAUUUGACGGCCUUCCGUUUGACUUCGUAGGAGCAUGCAAAGUGCACCUGAUCAAGAGUACAUCAGAGCUGGGCUUCUCCGUGGUGGUGGAAGAUGUGAACUGCUACAGCUCUGGUGUCAUCUGCAGGAAGUCCAUUUCCAUCAGUGUGGGCAGCUCGCUUGUCAUCUUUGACGAUGACUCAGGGGAUCCUAGUCCCGAGAGCUUCCUGGAUGAGAAGCAGGCUGUCCACAUCUGGAGAGCAGGCUUCUUCACACUGGUGCAUUUCCCACGGGAGCACGUCACCCUCCUCUGGGAUCAGAGAACCACUGUUCAUGUCCAGGCUGGCCCUCAGUGGCAGGGUCAGUUGGUGGGCCUUUGUGGGAACUUUGACCUGAAAACCAUCAAUGAGAUGAGGACCCCAGAGAACCUAGAGCUAACGAACCCCCAGGAGUUUGGCAGCAGUUGGGCUGCGGUGGAGUGUCCAGAUACUCCUGACCCAAGGGACACGUGUGCCCUGAAUCCUCUCCGAGAGCCAUUUGCCAGGAAGGAGUGUGGCAUUCUGCUCAGUGAGGUGUUUGAGACAUGCCACCCCGUGGUUGACGUCACUUGGUUUUACUCAAACUGCCUGACAGACACAUGUGGCUGCAGCCGGGGUGGUGACUGUGAGUGCUUCUGUGCCAGCGUGUCUGCCUAUGCUCACCAGUGCUGCCAGCACGGGGUGGUCAUUGAUUGGCGGACCCCCCGCUUCUGCCCAUACGACUGUGACUUCUUCAACAAAGCGCUAGGAAAGGGUCCCUACCAGCUGUCCAGUGUGGCGACUGGCGGCACUCUUGUGGCCACGAAGGCAGUAGACAGUGACAUAGCCCUUGUGAGGGCAGAGGACCUGGCGCCAGGAGACAUUGCAAGCUUCCUGCUGACAGCUGCUCUAUACAAGGCCAAGGCCCAUGACCCUGACGCUGUGUCCCUGGAAGCAGCCGACAGACCCAACUUCUUCCUGCACACCCUAGCCAAUGGGUCUGUAAGGAUGGCGAAGUGGCGUGGUGAUGAAGCCUUCCACCAGCAUGCCUCCUUCUCCCUGCACCGGGGGACAUGGCAGGCUGGCCUGGUGGCUCUGGAGUCCCUGGCAAAGCCUGGCUCCUUCCUCCACUCAUCAGGCCUUGAGCUGGCUCUGAGGUCAUACGAGCACACAGAGGCAUUUCGUGGUGGUGCACUCUUCCACCUUCUGGAUGCCAAGCCCUUAGGGGCUGCCUACCCCAUCUGCGAGUGGCACUAUGACGCCUGUGCCAGUCCCUGCUUCCGAACAUGCCGGGACCCACGGGCGACCAGUUGCCAGGAUGUGCCCAGGGUGGAAGGCUGUGUCCCUGUGUGCCCCACUCCUAAGGUCCUGGAUGAAGUCACACAGAGAUGUGUCUAUUUGGAAGACUGUGUGGAGCCAGCCCUGCAGGGUCCCAUGGAGGGGCUUGGCAACGAGACCCUGGCACCUGGACAAGCGCUACCCACCCCCAGUGACAAGCAGCAGCUCCCCCAGGAGCCUUCCAGAGUCCCCACCCGCGGGCCUGCCCUUGUCCCAGUAGCUCCACUGACUUCCGCCCCAAACCCACCAAUGGCUGCUACUGAAGGGCCGGUGCAGUCUCCAGGUUCUGCCCACCACACGCCGCAGCCCCCACUGGGGCUUGUAACAUCUACCGUUCCUGCCCACCAGACAGAGACCCUAGCUGCCAGCCUCCUAGCCACCUCUCACCUGCCAGGGCCCCCGUCCUCCCCCCUCGGUUCUCUGCAGACACCCACAUCUGGCACUGUAUCAGGUAUAAUAGAGACAACCAAAGUGACUGUGACCUUCGCAGGGACUCCCAACACCACGGUCUCCUCCCGGUCACCCCCUGUCCCUCGCUUCCCACUCAUGACCAAAGCUGUGACAGCCGUGAGUCAUGACUCCUUUCCUGUUAGGACUACACCCCUGCAGCCCUCUUGGCUCCCAAGCCCCUCUUCAAGACCUAUGACGUCCCCUGGAGCAACUCCCAGGCCUCCCACAUCCCCGGGAUCCCGCCUGACAACUACAGUAACUAAGGUCACAAAUGAGACAGUGAUGUCCCCAUCUGUCCAGGCCCGGAGCCCUUCAGCUUUCAGCCACCCCCUGACUAUGGUGAGCACAACACAGAGGGCUCCUGCCAGUCCUCUUGUCACUAAGGACUUGGAGGUGGUGCCAGCUACAGAGCAGACAGAACCCGGGCACAGCCAGGCCACAGGGCUGCCGGGGUCUCCACACCCCAGCUCAGUCCCCAUUGCCCUGCCUCAUCCAGCCCAACACACCACCACAGCUUCCAGGCCCCCAGCUCUGUCACUAGGGACCCUGGCUACUGGCAGCCCAAUCACAGAUGCUCAUAGGCUGGGGUCCACAGCCUUACUUUCUCUAGAGUCAACUCAGCCACAUCAGCUUCUCUCGGGCCUGCCGCUCGACACCAGCCUGCCCUUGGCUAAAGUGGGCACAUCUGCCCCAGAGGCCACACCAGGCCCCAAAGACUCUAUCACCACCCCUCCACCUCAGCAUCUGGGCACCACUCUGGCCUUGACCGCGACUGUGACAGCACCUGCUCACACACUCAGUCUGACAGUGCCUCUCGUGUCCGCUGUGGAGGACCAGGCACACUCACCUAGCCCCAUGGUACCCCAGACAACAGGUGUGGCUUCAGACCUAAUUCUGGGAGCCACAUUGGCAAGCUCUGGACCCUCAGUUGUGACUGCUGGGGUGCCCUCCACAGUGUCUGUUGCCCCACGGAAGAGCACCACCCCUAAAGCAGUCAUCCUGUCUAAGAAAGUGUCUCCACCCUCCUUCAUCUCUGGCUCUGCCCAGGGUGGGUUCACAGAACUCACAGCCAUAGUGAGCCAUACUGUUACUCCCUCGGUGAUGGAGACGGAGGGCCCCCAGGCUGGCACAGUGCCACUGGUGCCCACAUCCUACUCCCUAAGCCGGGUAUCAGCCAGGACGGUCUCCCGGGAGGGCUCACUGAUUCUGCUGCCUCAGCUGGCAGAAGCCCAUGGGACCCCAGCAGGGUUCCAGCCCCAAGAGGAUCUAGGGCGCCAGGCCACCACGGAGCAGUCAGGACGCUCAGCUUCAGCCCAGAGCAUAGCAGAGGGAUCGGUGGAGGUCGACGUGAACAUUUCUGCCACCUGUGUGCCCAUCGCUGAACAAGACUGCGUCCGGCACAUUUGCCUAGAAGGCCAGCUAAUACGUGUGAACCAGUCCCAGCACUGUCCUCAGGGGGCUGCACGCCCUCACUGUGGCGUCCUUGGCCUCGCUGUGCGGGUGGGUGGAGACCGCUGCUGCCCACUCUGGGAAUGUGCCUGCCGAUGCUCCAUCUUCCCAGACCUAAGCUUUGUAACCUUUGACGGCAGCCAUGUGGCCCUGUUCAAGGAGGCCAUCUAUAUCCUCAGUCAGAGCCCAGAGGAAAUAAUCUCCGUACAUGUCCUGGAUUGUAAGAGUGCCAACCUGGGACACCUGAACUGGCCCCCAUUCUGUCUGGUGAGACUGAAUGUGACUCAUUUGGCCUAUCAUGUCACCAUCGACCGCUUCAACAGGAAGGUGACUGUGGACUCUCAGGCUGUGUGGCCACCAGUGAGCAGAUAUGGGUUCCAAAUUGAGGAUACAGGCCACAUGUACAUCAUCCGGACACCCUCACACAUCCAGAUCCAGUGGCUCCACAGCUCAGGACUCAUGAUCCUGGAAGCCAGCAAAACCGGCAAGGCCCAGGGCCGUGGCCUGUGUGGUAUCUGUGAUGGAGAUGCAGCCAAUGACCUCACCCUGAAGGACGGCUCUGUGGUGGGUGAGGCAGAGGACCCUGCUCCCUUUCUGGACAGCUGGCAGGUGCCCAGCUCCUUGACCUCAGAGGGUCAGACCCGCUUCCGCCCAGACAGUUGUGCCACAGCGGACUGUUCGCCCUGCCUUCGCAUGGUGUCCAACCGCACUUUCAGCGCCUGCCACCGCUUUGUCUCCCCAGAGUCGUUCUGUGAGCUGUGGAUCCGGGACACCAAGUAUGUGCAGCAGCCCUGUGUGGCACUCACUGUAUAUGUGGCUAUGUGUCACAAGUUCCACGUGUGCAUUGAGUGGCGGGGAUCCGACUACUGCCCCUUCCUGUGCUCCAGUGACUCUACCUACCAGGCAUGCGUAGCAGCUUGUGAACCCCCUGAAACAUGCCAAGAUGGGAUACUAGGCCCACUGGACCCAGAGCAGUGCCAAGUUCUAGGUGAGGGCUGCGUGUGCCUGGAGGGUACCAUUCUGCACCGGCGACAUUCUGCACUCUGCAUCCCUGAGGACAAGUGUGCGUGCACUGACAGCACAGGGGUGCCACGAGCCCUGGGGGAGACCUGGAACAGCUCCCUGAGUGGCUGCUGCCAGCAGCAGUGCCAGGCUCCAGAUACCAUCAUAGCUGUGGACCUGGACUGCCCUGGUCCCCGACCCGAGAGCUGCCCACGCUUUGGAGAAGUGAUCCUGUUACAGCCCACAGAGGACCCCUGCUGCUUGGGGAGUGUGUGCGUGUGUAACCAGACUCUCUGCGAGGGCCUCGCUCCCACCUGCCGCCCAGGUCACAGACUCGUCACCCACUUCCAGGAGGACUCGUGCUGUCCCAGCUAUAGCUGUGAAUGUGACCCUGGCCUGUGCGAGGCUGAGCAGGUCCCUGCCUGUCGCGAGGACCAGAUCUUGAUCGCGGGCCGCCUAGGGGACUCCUGCUGUACCUCCUACUUCUGCAGCUGUGGUGACUGUCCAGAUCCCAUCCCCGAGUGUCAGGAAGGAGAGGCGCUCACUGUACACAGGAAUACCACGGAGCUCUGCUGCCCUCUGUACCAGUGCGUGUGUGAGAGCUUCCGCUGCCCACAGGUACAGUGCGGCAUGGGCACUUCCCUGGUGGAGGUCUGGAGCCCGGACCGCUGCUGCCCCUACAAGUCUUGUGAGUGUGACUGUGAUACAAUCCCUGUGCCCAGAUGCCAUCUGUGGGAAAAGUCCCAGCUGGAUGAGGGGUUCAUGCACAGCGAGGAGAAUGUGUGUGGCUGUGCCAAGUAUGAGUGUGUGAAAGCCCCCGUGUGUCUGAGCCGUGAGUUGGGGGUGAUGCAGCCAGGCCAGACGGUGGUAGAACUCUCAGCGGAUGGUGUGUGCCAUACAUCCAGAUGCACAGAUGUGCUGGACCCCCUCACCAGCUUCUACCAGAUCAACAUCACCUCUGUCCUUUGUGACAUGCACUGUGAGGCGAACCAGGAGUAUGACCACCCACGGGACCUGGCAGCCUGCUGUGGCUCCUGCAGGAAUGUGUCCUGCCUCUUCACCUUCCCUAAUGGCACCACUUCCCUCUUCUUGCCUGGUGCUUCCUGGAUUGCAGACUGUGCCCGCCAUCACUGUGGCAGCACGCCCCUGGGCGCCGUACUUGUCCGCUCACCCAUCAGCUGCCCCCCACUCAAUGAAACUGAGUGUGCCAAGGUUGGCGGCUCUGUGGUACCGUCCUUGGAAGGAUGCUGUAGGACAUGUAAGGAAGAUGGGCGCUCCUGCAAAAAGGUGACCAUCCGCAUGACCAUCCGCAAGAACGAUUGCAGGAGUAACACCCCUGUGAACCUGGUGUCUUGUGAUGGGAGGUGCCCUUCUGCCAGCAUUUACAACCACAACAUCAACACAUAUGCCCGCUUCUGCAAGUGCUGCCGUGAGGUGGGACUGCAGCGUCGCUCUGUGCAGCUCUUCUGUGCCACCAAUGCCACCUGGGUGCCCUACACAGUGCAGGAGCCUACGGACUGUGCCUGCCAGUGGUCCUGAGGCCUGGGUGUCAGGGCUGUCUGGGCCACGCCUACCAUUCUCAUGUUCUCCUUCUAGCUGGCCUAGAUGACUAAGGGGAGAG